AGGUGACUUGGACAUACUCCGUCCAAAAUUCAUGAAACGGACGCGAGGCGACAGUAUACUACCAUUUUACCCAUCGCAUCUGCCAUCUGCCAUCUGCAGAAAUGCGCCUACGCGUCUCUGUCCGGGCCGGCCACCAGCCAAGACUGGUUCCAUCCAUGAGUUGAAAAGCCCGACUCCACCAUUCACCCAUCGCCGGCUGACUGACCUUUCGCCUGAUCGGAAAACAAAGUCCACCUCCUGCUUAUCUCUUGCCUACUUGCUUUACAUGACUCUGUCUAAGAGCUUCAACAAAGUUGUGCCCCUGCCCAGCUUUGCUACAUUCUGCAGUCGUACUUUGAUCGGCGGCUUGUCGAUUUACCCGGGCAAGGCUGCCGGAUAAGCCGCGUCCUGUAUUUCGGUGGAAUUGUCUCUUCGGGUUGGUCAGAUGGCAAGCAUACUAGAUUAUCUUGUCAAAUCAUGUGCCAAGAAGUUGGAAGCUAUCAUUACGGAUGAGGCAGUUCUGAUUCUAGGAGUACAAGAAGACCUCAAACAAAUGCAGCGAACAAUGACCCAGAUACAAUGCUUUCUCGAUGAUGCCGAACAAAGGGGAACACAAGAGUCAGCAGUUAAUAACUGGCUUGGUGAGCUGAGAGGUGCUAUGUAUUAUGCCGACGAUAUUGUCGACUUGGCGAGAUCUGAAGGCGGAAAGCUUCUACUGGAAUGGGAUCCUUCAUCGUCAUCAAGAAAGGCAACUACAUGCAGUGGCCUUCCGUUUCUCAAUUGCAUCUCUCCUAUUCAGAAGCGUCACAAGAUUGGUGUUCAAAUCCGGGACUUCAAUACUCAACUUGACAAGAUUUCAAACUUGGGUGAAAGAUUUCUCAAGCUUGCAAAUAUGCAGCCUAAACCACAAGUUCUGACUGUGAAGCAUAUAAGAACUAGCCACCUUGUGGAGCCUAAUCUUGUGGGAAAGGAAACUUUACACGCUUGCAAAAGUUUGGUUGAACUGGUUAUUGCACACAAGGGAAAGAAGCCAUACAAGGUUGGUAUUGUUGGAACAGGAGGGAUUGGGAAGACAACUCUAGCCCAAAAAGUAUAUAAUGACCGAGAAUUAAAAGGAACCUUUAGCAACCAAGCAUGGAUAUGUGUUUCUCAGGAGUACUCUGAAAUAUCUCUUUUGAAGGAAGUCCUGCGGAAUUUUGGGGUACCCCAUGAGCAAGAUGAAACUGUGGGAGAGCUCAGCAGCAAGCUUGCAGUCGCCAUCACAGAUAAAAGUUUCUUCAUUGUGUUGGACGAUGUUUGGCAGCCUGCGGUCUGGACCAAUUUACUGAGAACUCCAUUACAUGCUGCUGCAACAGGAGUAAUUCUAGUGACCACUCGGCAUGAUACAGUUGCACAUGCAAUUGGCGUAGAAGAUGUGCAUCGAGUUGAAUUGAUGUCAGCAGAUAUAGGGUGGGAGCUGCUUUGGAAGAGUAUGAACAUUGAUGAAGAAAGAGAUGUGGAAAGCCUUCGGAAUAUAGGGGUAGAAAUUGUCCAUAAAUGUGGCAGACUUCCCCUCGCAAUCAAGGUUACUGCUAGUGUUCUAGCAACUAAAGAGAAAAGUGAGAGAGAAUGGAGAAAGGUUGCAAAAAGAAGUGCUUGGUCUAGGGGUAAUCUUCCUACUGAGCUCAGAGGUGCCCUGUAUUUGAGUUAUGAUGAUCUACCACGGUAUCUGAAGCAAUGUUUCCUCUAUGUAGCCUCAUAUCCAGAAGAUUGCCGCAUGAGUCGUGAUGAUCUUAUCAGGUUCUGGGUAGCUGAAGGUUAUGUGGAGGAGCAUGAAGAACAACUUCAAGAAGAUACAGCCGAAGAAUAUUACUAUGAGUUGAUACAUAGGAACCUCCUACAACCAGACCAUUUCUAUGCAGACCGUAGUUGGUGCAAGAUGCAUGAUCUUUUAAGGCAGCUUGCUCAACAUAUAUCUGGAGAAGAAAGUUUUUGUGGAGAUCCACAAUCACUGGGGCCUACAACUUUGUCCAAGCUAAGACAUGUUUCAGUCGUCACUAACAAGGAUUAUGUAGCACUGCCCAAUAUGGACAAAGUGAUGAUCAGAGCAAGGACACUGUUGAUUUUUUCCAUCAAGAGAUCAAGUGUUGAGAAUACAAUUUUCAGGAGACUUUCAUGCAUUCGUGUUUUAGAUCUGACUAAUUCAUCGAUUCAAAGCAUUCCAGAUAGCAUUGGAAGUUUGAUCCAUCUAAGACUGCUUGAUAUUAAUGAUACAAACACAUCUUAUCUUUCGGAGUCCAUCGGUUCCCUCAUGAACCUUCAGACACUGAACCUGGAAAGGUGCAAAGCUCUGCACAGUCUUCCUUUGGCGAUCACUGAAUUGUGCAAUCUAAGGCGCCUUGGUCUGACUAGUACUCCAAUAAAUCAGGUUCCAAAAGGUAUUGGCAGAUUAGAGUUCCUCAAUGAUUUAGGAGGAUUUCCUAUUAGUGGUGGAAGUGACAAUGGAAAAACACAAGAUGGAUGGAAGUUGGAAGAGUUGGAACAUCUCUCACAGCUAAGGCAGCUUGCUAUGAUUAACUUGGAAAGAGCAACUCCUCGUACUAGACAUUCAUUGCUAGCAGACAAGAAAUACCUCAAACGUUUGAGACUAUAUUGCAGAGUUACAUAUGAACCAGAUACAGAAGAUGUUGAAAAUAUUGAGAAGGUCUUUGAGCAGCUAAGCCCUUCACACAACCUAGAAUAUCUAGUCAUUGAUGGAUUCUUUGGCCGGCGGUAUCCCACAUGGCUUGGUACCACCCAUGUGUCGUCACUUGUAUACUUGACACUCAGAGAUUGCAAUUCAUGUGUACAUCUUCCAUCAAUCGGGCAGCUGCCCAGCUUGAGAUAUCUGAAAAUUCAUGGAGCAGCAGCAGUUACAAAGAUUGGACCCGAAUUUGUUAGCUGCAGGGGGGCUAAUCCCACAUCCACGGAUGCAGUUGUUGCUUUCCCCAAGCUUGAAACAUUGAGAAUUCAGGAUAUGCCCAGCUGGGAGGAAUGGUCCUUUGUUGAAGAAGGGGAAGAGGAUGGAUAUGUUGAGAUGCGAAAGGGGGGAGCCUUGUCUCCAAAGAUGCAGAUGCUGCCAUGCUUAAAAUUGCUGAUACUUGAAGGCUGCCCCAAGCUGAGAGCUCUCCCGCAACAGCUUGGACAGGAGGCAACCAGCUUGAAAUCCCUCUAUUUAAAAGGAGCAAGCUGCUUGAAGGUUUUGGAGGACUUCCCGUUCCUCUCUGAGAUGCUUGUGAUCGCUGGAUGCCAAGUCCUGGAGAGGGUUUCAAACCUUACUAAACUGAGAGAGCUCCGUGUGACAGGUUCUCCAAACUUGAACCUAAAGUUUGUUGAGGGAUUGCGUUUGCAGCAGCUGUGGCUGGAUGCACAACAUCUCUACCCCGUUGGCGCCGGGGCUUCAAGAGCAGCACAGGAAACUUAACGGCGAGGACAUGGAUGUCUGCCUGCACUACACCUAAUUAAUACUCCCUGUGUUAACAAAUAUAAGACGUUCAAACUUUUUUGUGAAUCGGAUGUAUAUAGACACGUUUUAGUGUAUUUGUUCACUCAUUUCAGUCCGUAUGUAAUCCAUAUUGAAAUAUGCAAAACAUCUUAUAUUUGUGAACGGAUGGAGUAGAUGGCAGCGGAGACGCAAGGUACGAGCACUGGUUAGACAUCUAAUCUUCUUAUUUGGUCUGUGUUCUCCCCUGUUAGAUCGUGCAUCUAGUGCUCUGCUCAGGCUAUGUGUACUAUUUUCUUACAUAAGUACAAAUUCAUGACCCUCUAAGGUUGAAAUUGAAUUUGCGUACCUUCCAUAAUAUA